UUCUUGACCUGACCAAACCUCCGGCCGUCCUCGAGGUCGGGAAAGUUCACCGAGCUCACGCCGUCAGUUUCCCAUAGAAUCGCCAGUUGAAUUUUAAUUAGCCCUACGCACGACUUGUGACAAUGAAUUUGGUGAAGUUGAGUUUUUUAUUCAAUGCGCUUAGCGUCGGCUUCGUCGGGAUGCUCAUCAAUUUAUUUGAAAGCUACAUACCGGCUUUCGUCUCAAAGAUCUUUCGACACGGAAAAUUUUCCGCCGACGUCAAAGAUGCUUUUCUUGAUAUGUGCGAAGUUCCUAAGAGGUGGAUGCAGCAUUUUUAUAUCUUAGCUGCACCACUGAGCACUUUUUCUCUGAGCUUGUUGAUUUAUAGAUAUUUUUUAGGAAACAAGUUGCCAAAACUUUUCAACGAUUACUUUGGCUGUAUGAUUGGUACUUCUACACCAGCAUUAAUCCCUCCAGAAAAUGUGAUUUUAGCAAUUACUCUUCUUUCAAUGCAUUGCUGGAAGAGAUUUUAUGAAUGCUAUUUUCUAAGCGUUUUCAGUGAUGUGAAAAUGAGUUUUGUCAUUUAUUUGGUGGGUCAUUGUCAUUACAUAGGAGCAGUUACCAGUAUUGUUGGAGAAUCUAGACAACUUCUCACAGAUACCAAAGUUUUAUUAAACUGGACUAAGCUGACCUACUUGGAAAUUUUGUGUUCAAUUGUAUUUCUAAUAUCAACAUAUUUACAGUACAAGUCUAACUUAAUCUUAGCAAGUUUGAGAAAAGAUAAAAAAGGAAACGUUGUUACGAAAAAACAUAAAAUUCCGAAAGGAGAACUUUUCGAAUAUGUAACGUCACCGUUACAGUUUACUGAAAUCUGUUUGUAUGUAUGUUUGAGUAUUAUUCUAAAAGCAGGAUCUACAUUUCACUUUGUCACUCUUUGGGUAAUAAUUAACCAGGUGGAAUGUGCAUAUUUAUCUCAUGUCUGGUAUUCCAGUACGUUUGAGAAUUAUCCCAAGUCUCGGAAAAUAAUAUUACCAUUUAUUUUUUAAGUCUGGAACUAUGACUUUUUUAAUACCGUUUAUGACAUUUAGGUCGAUAGUGAUAAAGUUUCUAUUUUUCUAGAUUUUGCGUAUUAUAGUUAUUUCGUGUUCACCCCUCACUUAAUUUGUCUAGUCGAGUCUACACAAAAAAUAAAUCUCUUGCGAAUAAAAUACA